CCAAAUAAAAUCAGCCCAUUACUAUAUAAACCCGUGAUUGAAAACCUAGAUUUGCUCAUUGCUAUAACUCUCCGCAGCUGUGCGAAGCUCUCUCCAGUUCUCACGCCGCGCUCUCUUCCUACAGCAAAUAUGGUUCUAUCUAAUGAUGUCGAUUUGCUCAACCCACCGGCUGAGCUCGAGAAGAGGAAGCACAAGCUCAAGCGCCUCGUGCAAUCCCCAAACUCAUUCUUCAUGGAUGUCAAGUGUCAGGGUUGCUUCAACAUAACCACUGUUUUCAGCCAUUCCCAAACCGUUGUUGUGUGUGGAAACUGCCAGACAGUGCUGUGCCAACCAACCGGUGGCCGUGCCCGCCUCACCGAGGGAUGCUCCUUCCGGAAAAAGGGCGAUUAAAGAGCAUACACUCCCUUUCACAUUCUUUAAUGAAUGUGAGUCCAGAGUUUUUUGGUUGCUUGUUUUCACUUUUUUUUUAAAAUGUAAUGCUGUUGUUAAUACUUCUUGAGUUUCUCAAGAAGUAACCCUUUUGUUAUCCUAGCUCUGAAUUAUUAUGUUAUAUUAUAAUUGACCAGUUUUUCUCUUA